AAGCCACUAUGUUUCUGAAGUUGGAGCUCAGUUCAUAGGACACUCUUUUGAUUUUUAUCUCUCAAGAUUUCACCAAAUGAUGAUGGGCACUGGAUUUGGAGACAAACAAAAUAUUCUGGAAGUGUUUUGCAAGUCGCUACAAAGUCAGUCUGGUGAGCCAGUAGAGUGCACAAAAAACUACAGUGAGCAGAUUGAUUAUUUUGUGCGCUACAUGUUUGCCCUUGAAAAGGAAGCUGUUUUAGCUUGGUCAAAAUACUUACUUGUCUCUGAAAAAUCAGAGAACAUUGAGAACAAGUUUUUUCAGGACUAUGUCUCACAGCAGUGGAGACAGUUCAAUAAAAAUGGAUGUGGCCCUCUAAAGGCUGCGGAUCUUCAGAACAACUACUGCGAGAAGCCCUACCACAGCACAGCUGGGCAGAGGGUGAAAAUGAAAUGUGGUGGAUCAUACAAGCCCUUCCCCGAGAUUGCGGUGUGCUCUGGAGGGAAGUGGAGUGCCCUACCUGUGUGCUACACUGAGCAGGUAAACGGGCGAGUCGAGUGCAAAUCUGAAGGUGGAGCCACUGUCUGCAAGGCCUCAUGCCUGUCUGGCUGGGGCUCCGCCACACACCCUCAGCCAGCUGAGUACAAGUGCUCACAGCCACCCUGUCCAUCCUUCAUACCACACAAGUGUAACGACUGCACACAAAGCAGCGUUUGUAAGGACAACGAGGUCUGCACUGGCGCCUUUGGCACAUGUCGUGAUGCAUGCCUGUUUAAACCCUGUGGAGUGAACACCAAGUGCUCCUCCUCCAAUCACGACAGGAGCUGCACCUGUGUGAGCCCUUGGAAAGGAGACCCAUACCAGGGAUGCAGGAGUCAGGACCUCCAGUGGGUUCAGACCGGAGGAGUGCCCAGCAAUGCUGUUCGUUCUAAAACCCAACUUGCAGUGUGCAGAGCCAUCGGACCAGAUGGUGGGUGGCACAGUGGAUUUGAAAAGGAUCAGUACUGCUACUAUGAAUAUAACUGGAAAGUGUAUUGGGCCAAAAGCUAUGAGGUUCUGGUUGAUCCGUGUGGAGGACGUGGUUGGAAAUGGGUGGAGGGGGCACAAGGGGACAUGGUCUCAUAUGACGAAUCAAAGAGGUUUCAGGGACUCAAAUACUACGUUUGUAGUGGGAAGAGUGAUGGCCUUGUAGGGAAGCUUUUCAACACGCGAGAUGGCUUUCUGUGCCAUAUUGCCAGGUACGGUAGUACCAGGGAUGGAAAUUUCUAUGCUCUGGUUGCACAACCAUGUAUCUGAAGACACUUAACCGUGAUCCACUUUUCAUUGCUUAAGUUUCUCUAGUUCCUUUUUCAAGCUUUGAUUUGGUGGAGGUGCUGUAUUCAUCUUUCCAAAGACAGACUAAAUGCACAGAUGGAAAGAAGUAGCCAACUCUCACAAAACAUUUAAGCAAGUGGCACAAACACAUAUGGUUAUUGUUAAUCAUUUUAUUUAGUUGUUUUGCAAUGGGAUAUUUUAAGGAUUAAAAAGAUUUCUAAAAAUGUAUUAGACAUUAAUAUUCCACCUGCCGGAUACGUUAUAUACAUUUGUAGUAAAAUCCAAUGUUCUCUGCAAUACUAUGAACCCAAUUCCAUUAUGUCCUUUGCUGCCAUCAUGAUGUAAAAUGUGAUUAUUAGAAUAUAAUUCUUAAUUUUUUUGUUUUCACUCUGAGUGCAACAGACUCUACUUCUAUCCUUCACAGCCUUGUUUUCUUUUGCAUUA